CCUACCCACCCCUCCUGGUUGUCAUAGUGAGGUGGUGUUCCCGGUGGCUGGGAUCCCAGCGGCUGGAGGCUAGAAGCGAGCGCCAUGGAGUACACAGGGAGUAAAUAUAUCGGGGAAUAUGUAGAUGGGAGGAUGGAGGGCAAAGCUGAAUACAUCCUCCCAACUGAAACAAGGUAUGUUGGGGAAAUGAAGGAUGGCAUGUUCCACGGCGAAGGAACCCUGUACUUCCCCAGCGGGAGCCGAUAUGAUGCUGUCUGGGAAAAAGGAUUGGCCAUCAAGGGCAUGUAUACCUUUGCAGAUGGGCUGCAGUAUGACGCUAAGAACUGGCACUACUGUGACGGCUAUGACCGGAGGUUUUACACAGAGAUCUGCUUUGGCUUGAAGCCUUCAGGUAUCUCUCAACUCACCAACAUGGACCCACCUAGAAAAAUCCCUCCAGCCGCCUACGACUGUGGAGAUGGCUUCUACAACCCCAACACGAGGAUAAUCAAGGACUAUAGGAACCGCUUUCUGAGAAAUGCAGAUGAUGAUGAGCAUGAGUGGAUCAUUCGGACCUGUCGGAAGGGCUGGGAUGAGAUCGUGGGUCACAGGCCCAAGCUGUGAGUUCUGCAGCAGCCUCCACUAGAGGCUGCCUUCGCCCUGGGAGGCUGUAACUCUAGAACUUAAAUUUUGACUCAGGAAUAAAGGUUU